GAUCAUGCCUUUCCCCCCCUACUAUGGCACUCAGCAGAGUGAACCUGAGCGCUUCAGUGCGUCAUUCCAUUGAACCACACUGAAUUCACUCUGAUCAGCUGUUGUGGAGCAGGAAGCUCGGAGUUGUUCAACUUGGAAUUUAUUUUUAAACUCCGUUUGUUGAACCUACUUCUUGGAAUCAAGUCAACACACGACACCAGACGGUGGCGAUGAUGCACCGUUCGCUGUUUGCCCACCGCCAUUCCUUCUUUUAAGAGAAAGAAGAAGAAAUCUUAACGCCUGGUUAGCUGCUGACGUGUAUGUGCGUGGAAGUGUCAGUGGAUAUCGUUUAGUUCUUUCCGCGACAGUUCAGAAUGAAAUCAUUAGAUUGAGCUCGUACCUCGAUGGUAAAACGAGCCGAGGAUAGCGAGGACUAUCAGCACAGGGUAACAAAGCGUCGCACAGCUGCACACAGGAAGGCACACAGCUGCUGCCCUCACCAGCAGCUGAACAGCAACACACACAACAACACUUUAUGAGGACUUUCCCGAGGUGUGUCUUGGCAGCUUUGUGAGGAACAAUGGGGAAGAAGAAGGUUCCAGAUUUGUACAGAGCCCCCUUCCCCUUGUACUCUGUGAAAGUGGACCCUGACACAGGGCUGGUGAUCAUAGCAGGAGGAGGGGGGGCCUCCAAGACGGGCAUAAAGAACGCUGUGCACUUCCUGGAUCUGCAGCUCGUUGGGGAAUACCAGCACAGUGCCAGUCUCCUUCACUCCCAUGAUACUGACACACGUGCUACCAUGAACAUGGCUGUAGGUAAAGGUGUGAUUGCUGCAGGACAGGAUGGGACCUGCUGUCUGAUGCAGUUUAAAGAGUGCACGCAGAAAGAAGCCAAAGAUGCUAAUAAAGAUGGGAAAAGCAAGCAGCAGGGUAACGCCAGGCUACGAGCUGGGAAAGGAGACAAGUGUGGACAGGAUGGAGUUACACCAUCUGGAAACAUGUCAGAUAUGAAGGACGAGACGAUUCACAUCUCUGUGACCGCUUCAGCUGAAGUGCAGUCAGACCUGAACCCUCAGGAUCCGCUUCAGAAAGUCGUCAGGUUCAGUCCUGACCAGAGCCUGCUGCUAACUGGAGGCACCGAUGGGCACAUCAGAGUCUGGGAGUUUCCUUCCCUGAAGAAAAAGUUUGACUUCAAAGCACAUGAAGGAGAGAUCGAAGACUUGGAUAUAAGUCCUGGGAACAAGCAUCUGGUGACUGUUGGUCGGGACUUUGCCUGCAGUGUAUGGAGUGGCAACCAGUUGUCUAUGAGUCUUAAAUGGCAUGAAACCAUGUCUCAAAUAGAUGAGAAGACCUAUCGAUAUUUGGCUUGCAGGUUUGGAAAGGUUGAAGACCAGAAAGAUGCCCUGAGACUUUACACCGUGCAGAUCCCCCAUAAACGAGACAGAAAACCUCCCCCGUGCUACCUCACCAAGUGGGACGGCAGGAGCUUAUUGGCCAUGCUGACGGCUCCCUGCGGCACGGAGGUCAUCUCCAGUCUGGCUGUCAGUGACUCUGGAACAUUUCUUGGCCUUGGAACUGUGACAGGAUCAGUAGCAAUCUACAUCGCGUUCUCCCUACAGAGGCUGUAUUAUGUGCAUGAAUCACACGGCAUCGUGGUGACAGACCUGGCCUUCCUGCCUCACUCCAUGAAAGGCAAGAACAUCAAGGGGAACAAUGAAACAGCCCUGCUGAGCGUAGCUGUGGACAGUCGCUGCCAACUACACCGUGUUGCCAGAAGAAGAUACUUCCCUGUUUGGCUGGUGUUGUUCUUCUGUGGUGUCCUGGUGGUGGGAGUCGUUCUCCUCCUACAGCACCUCUUUCCAGGGUUUAUUUAAGUCGUACAUGUUGCCACGAAUGAGCAUUUAAUCAUCUCUCUGCAUCGGCGGACCUGAGUUCAGCCUUCAUGCGUCCCAUCACUGCACCGUUACUAAACCAAACCUGGACAGCGUUAAAGGUUUAUCAUCGUUUAAAAGCCGGAUUUUCAUUGGAUUGUUUUGUGAGGACGUUGCCUUUGAUUAAAAAAACGUUCACAGUGAAUGAUCCAUUGACUUUGAGUAACUUUAAAAAAAUGUUGGCAGCAGAGACAUGAAUGAUGACAGAAGCUGCUCGUUGGUUAAACAUGUUUUUGUCUGGAUUCAGCUCAAUAUAAAUAAAAAUGAAUCAAACUGAAAUUGUUUUUCAUUGGACGUCUGAAUUCAGACGUUUCCUGUGCGAGCUUGUGUCGUGUUGCAGAAGAAUAGCAGUCUGGCUUUAUGAACACCUGAACAGCUUCUUCAGCCUAAGGACAAAAAUAAGACUUAAAAAACAACCUGAUUCCAUUUGGUUAAAUAAAAGAAUAAAAACCAAUGAUUUUAGCAGUUUACUUUGUGCUUCACAACAGUGACUGUUCAAGCUCUAAAUUUUACAGCAGUUAGUUUUAAAACCCUGAAGUUUAUUUGAGCACAGUAGAAACUUGCUGUUGAACUCAUCCAACAGGUAAACGUCUCAGAUGACCAGACAAACCUUUGAUUGUUGGGUCUUAACUUAAAGUAUUGUUUCUUGAGGCGACUGUUUGGUCCUGUGUGAAUAAAACUGAA